AUGACGAAAACAGGAGGUGGAACCGAUUAUGUUCCUCCGACAAACGGAGGCUACCCUGAUACGAACACUGGCUACGGAAACGAAGAAGGAGGUACCGGAACUGGAUACGAAACAACCGGCAAUGAGUACGGAGGCGGUGCACCUAUCGAGCCUGCGUGUAACGGAUACUUGACCAACUGUAAUCCACCUCCUCCACCGCCACCUCCGGCACUGUACAAACGACUGCCGAUUCCCUUGGCCCGAAACGGAUACGGCGCUACCGGAUACGGAGGCUAUGGUGCCGAAACUGGAACAAUCACCACCAACAAUGGUUAUGUAACAAUCUCGACUGGACCGGUCACCAACAAUGGCAACGGCAAUGGAAGUGGAAGCGGAUCGGGAAGUGGAUCCGGAAGCGGAAAUGCUAGUGGAAGUGGUAGUGGAAGUGGAAGUGGAACCGGUUCUGGCAGUGGUUCUGGAAGUGGAUCCGGCAGCGCAUCAGGAAGUGGAUCCGGUAGUGGAUCCGGUAGUGGAUCGGGAAGUGGACCCGCAAACGGAUCUGGAAGUGGCUCUGGAACCGGAACUGGCACUGCAUCUGGCAACGGAAACGGAUCUGGUUACACUGGAAAUGUUGGUUACGGAUCAACCGGAUCAGGCAGUGGAGAACUGGAUCUGGAUCGGGAACUGGAUCCGGAUCAGGCACAGGAUCUGGCUCAGGAAGUGGAAACGGUUCAGGCACUGGUACUGGAUCCGGCUCAGGCUCUGGCACAGGAUCGGGUACAGGAUCGGGUACAGGAUCAGGUACGGGAUCAGGCUCUGGAACUGGCUCUGAAAGUGGCUCUGGAAGUGGUAGUGGUACCGGCUCUGGUACAGGAAAUGGAAACGGUGGAGGAUACACUGGAAACAUUGGUUACGGCUCCACUGGAUCUGGAAGUGGAUCCGGCUCAGGCACAGGAACCGGAUCGGGCACAGGAACUGGAUCUGGAAGUGGCACAGGAACAGGUACCGGAACUGGAACUGGAUCAGGCUCUGGCUCUGGCUCAGGCACUGGCAGUGGAACAGGAAGUGGAACCGGAAACGGCUCUGGUUCAGGUGCAGGCUCGGGCACAGGCUCUGGAACAGGUACCGGAACAGGUUCAGGCACUGGUACCGGAAGUGGAACUGGAACGGGCAAUGGAUCAGGUGCUGGAAAUAACGGUGGAUACUAUGGUAACGGUUCGGGAAGCGGCACUGGUACAGGCUCUGGCUCAGGUACAGGCAGCGGUACAGGUUCAGGAACCGGCACAGGCUCCGGCUCAGGCACCGGAUCUGGAACAGGUUCUGGCACAGGUUCAGGAACAGGAUCAGGCUCAGGAAUAGGCACUGGCUCAGGUACUGGUUCAGGUACAGGAUCUGGUACCGGAUCAGGUUCUGGAACAGGAAGCGGUUCA